CUCAACUUGGAAAGAACCGACUGUUCGUUGAACUAAAGAACAAAAUCGACAUCACAUACGGUAGCUUGUUACUACAAAAUAAUUACUGCUCACCCCGCACAUGACUUCUGGGGUGUGUUGCAUUCACAGUCUGAAGCAACGGUUCGAAUUUCAAAUAAGACCAGUAUUAUUUUAUCAUCCCAACGCGUUGUUACUGCUUUAAACCGAUAGAUUUCUUGUCCACAAGGAAUCCGUAUGGGGAGAAAUGGUCACCAGGGUGGGGCAUUCAGCAGUGGUUUGUUGUUGUUCUGCCUGUGUCCUGGCUGGCCUCUGUGACUAGAGGAGAAAUGCUGAAUCAAUGGCCCAAACCAUGACAGAUAGACAAAUCCAUUUGAAAGUCAUACCCAUUGGUUGUGACUUAACACCCCAGUGCGUAGAGCCAAAACAGAGAUGGGUACCACCUCAUAUAGUGCUACUGCCCCGAUUCGCGCUUUGUUUGGAGCUUUGUUUGUGUACGGCUAGUAAGGUUUGACAAAGGCAAUGCAUUGAUUGUGUGACAGAUGGGCUUUUGUGUGAAAUCUACGACUCACCAGCAACAUGACCUCCAGCGUCACACGUAGAGUAGUGCGUACGGGUGGGAGUUGUCUGGUGAAACGCAUUGUUGUGUUGGGGGAUGAGCCGUUCGUAGUGCUGCUGCUGUUACUGCUUUUUGCUCCUGGUCGACUGUGGCUAACGAUCGACUCAAACCUAUGAAUGGUCCACAAAGCAAAUGAUUGUAUGUUUUCGGUAAAUUUAUUAUCGAAACUUUGCAGGCACCAAGCAGGCAUCUUUGUCUUUUAUUAGUAUCUGAAAAGAUCCCAGUAUCGCUCGUUGGAUGAGAACAUUGUGUGCGGAAUUAGAGCCACUUAGCAGGCCGUAUCGCCAUUGCUUUGUAAGGCUGCUGGCUAGCUACCGUCUUCUUCAGCUAGCAAAACUGUUCGUCAAUCCGAGUAAAAUGUAUUCACCCUCUCAGCCCUUGGUUUAACUUGCCUGACUGCAAGGAUCUCUAACUCUUCCACCACACUCUGUCUCAUCACAGCAACACGGAGCGUCAAGAUGAAGAAGAAAGCUCGGCAGCACCGGGUUUCGGUGCCGCAGAGGCCCUCGUCUCCCAUCAAGCCUUCUCCCAACAAGCAAAUCCUGACUUAUGCCCAGGCACAGCGUAUGGUGGAAUUCGAUAUCGAUGGCCGCAUCCAUCGAAUCAGCAUAUAUGACAAGCUGGAUGUGAUCUCAGAUGAUGACCCCAUGGUGCAGGAGAUGAUGGAGUGCACCAGCAAUAAGGAGAAUGCUGAGAAGCCACAGCAGCAGGUUCUUUUGAGGUCAGUCAGACUAAAAAACAACCAGGAGAAGAGAAACGCUGCACUGGGCAUCACUGGUCAUGGCGAUGGCGGUGGGCAUCAUGCCAGUGUUAAUGCUGGUCCAAAACUUCCAGAGCCUAAAAUUCGUACAGUGGAAUACAACCUUCCAGCAGUUCCUAAGCGUCCAGCUGCCUUUUAUAAAUACACAGAGAAGACAGAGGAAGAGCUGGAUGAGGAAACAGAGUAUGACAUGGAUGAGGAAGAUUAUGCUUGGCUUGAUUUGGUCAAUGAAAAGAGGAGAAGUGAAGGGGUCAGUCAGGUCUCCUAUAAUGUCUUUGAGUUCCUCAUUGACCGCUUUGAGAAAGAGUUGUAUCUGGAGAGCCUGGAUCAAGACAGCGAAAAGCAAGCUCCCAUUGAUGAGGACGCUGUCUGCUGCAUCUGCAUGGAUGGGGAAUGUCACAACAGCAACGCUAUCCUGUUUUGUGACAUGUGUAAUGUGGCUGUGCACCAGGAAUGUUAUGGAGUACCUUAUAUUCCUGAGGGCCAGUGGCUCUGCAGACACUGCCUCCAGUCGUCCACCCAGCCUGCAGACUGCAUACUUUGCCCCAACAAGGGUGGAGCAGUGAAGAAGACAGAUGAUGAUCGCUGGGGCCAUGUGGUGUGCGCACUCUGGGUCCCAGAAGUCGGCUUCUCCAACACCACCUUCAUCGAACCCAUUGAUGGUGUCAAGCACAUUCCGCCAGCCCGCUGGAAGCUGACCUGCUACCUCUGCAAGGAGAAAGGUGUCGGCGCAUGCAUCCAAUGCCACAAAGCCAACUGUUACACCGCCUUUCAUGUUAGCUGUGCCCAAAAGGCUGGCCUCUUUAUGAAGAUGGAGCCAAUCAAAGAGGUAAAAGAAACAGGUGAGCCCACAAUCUCUGUAAGAAAGACAGCCUACUGUGGAGCUCACACACCUAAUGGAUGCGUAAGGAGGCCUCUUACAAUCUAUGAUGAUGCUAAACCCAAAAAUGGACUCUGUAAGAAAGCGGACAAAGGCAAAGGUGACUGUAAAGGACAGUUGAAAGGGAAGCAGAAGAAGAAGAGUAAGAGCAAGAAGCCUGAGCCUGAACCUGAAAGUGAGGAUGCAACCCCUGCUGCUGUGCCUACUUUUCCUGCUCACAGGUUACAAACCAUUAUGAACCAGGUGUCAAUCCAAAAGAAGAAAGCUUUUGUUGAGCUGGUUCUGAAUUACUGGACACUAAAGAGGCAAUCCAGGAAUGGGCUUCCCCUCAUUAGACGCCUUCAAACAAGCCUCCAGUCUCAGAAGAAUGCACAGCCGGUUUGUUCAUCUGGUCAGAAUGAGGAGGAAAACAGGGCACUGAAGGAGCAACUGAAGGAAUGGCACCGCCUCCGACAUGACCUGGAGAGAGCCCGGCUGCUGCUGGAGCUAAUCCGCAAAAGGGAGAAGCUCAAGAGGGAAGAGAUUAAACAGCAGGAAACACUCCUAGAAAUGCAGUUGACUCCAUUCAGUAUUUUGCUCAGAGCACUCUUGGACCAGCUCCAGUCAAAAGACCAGGCCAGGAUCUUCACCCAGCCAGUUGAUGUCAAUGAGGUGCCCGACUACCUUGACCACAUUAAGCACCCAAUGGACUUUUCCACCAUGCGACAACGCAUCGAUGCACAGGGCUACAAUAACUUGGAGCAGUUUGAGAAUGACUUCAACCUUAUUAUUGAUAAUUGCAUGAAAUAUAACUCAAAGGACACGUAUUUUUACCGGGCUGCCGUUCGCCUCCGAGACCAGGGCGGGGCCCUGCUUAGAAAGGCCCGGCGAGAUGUGGAGAAAAUCGGCUUCGACACAGAAACUGGCAUGCAUUUACCUGAAGCUCCUGAAAUUAAAGCCCCACCAUCCUUUUCUUGGGAGGACGUGGACCGCCUACUAGUGCCAGCCAAUCGGCAGCAUCUGUCACUGGACAAGCAGUUGCAGCAGCUCCUGGAGAAGUUUGACCUGACCUGUGCCAUGAAGUCCAGCCCCUCCCGCAGCAAGCGUCUGAAGCUGCUCAAAAAGACCAUCAAUGACGUGCGCAAUGAAAUGAGCCUCAGGAGAGUCCUCCCCUCCCACCACCACUUGGUUUCUUCCACAAUCCCCUCAACAUCUGCAUCAUAUUCAUUAGCUGCCUCCUACCCAGAGCUGGCUAAAUCAAAAGAAGAGAGAUCGAAGCCCAACGGACAUUUCCCUGAUGAUGAGGGAGACAAGUCCCUUCCUCCUAAAUUGGAGCUUUCAGACUCCAUCCCUCCCCUCAUCCACUCAGACGCAGACCCAGAGCCUCCCACCCUCAAACCAAUCGAUGCCGCCCUAGACUGUGAAGACAAGGCUCACAGCAAGAGCAUCAGAUUUGACAGGGAAAUACCAGACCUGCUCUCCUCUACCCCGCACCUCAACGGCUACUCCCAUGAUAGCCUCCAGAACUCUUUGAUGGACGGAGACGUGAGCGUGGUGGCCACGUCGACGCUCGCCGAGCCCACAGGCACGGUUAACCGCCGCACCGCCGUUCUCUUCCGCAAGUCAAAGGCUUCCAGUCUCCACAAGCCGUCGAUGGGCGGAGACGAUUCUACUGAUGAAGUGGAUGGAAAAGAUGAGGGCGGAAAGGAGGAGGAAGAUGAAGACGGCGCACAGCUGGGAUCCAAAUCCUUCCUGUCAGUGGUCAUACCCAGACUAGAGACGCUACUUCACAGCAAGAAGAGGAAGCGUAGCGGCAGCAGAGGCAGCGAGGAGGAGGGAGGAGGGCAUGAAGAGGAGGGAGAGUCCCCUGUGAAACGACUCAACACUGGUCUGUCCAGUGGUUUUCUGGAGGUGGAAGAGGAGAAAGAAGUAGAAGCCUCUAACAGAGCCAGUAGACCUGUGGAGCCACGAAGACGCUGCGCCUCCGAGUCCUCCAUCUCCUCAUGUAGCAGUCUGCCAGGAAGCACCAGCACUAUUCUCAGUCUUCCAAAAUGUGGGAAGGGGAAACCCGCCCUGGUCCGGAGAAACACUGUGGAUGAUAAGAGCGAACUAAUCGCUUGCAUUGAAACCGGGAAUUUUGCAAAAGCUGCACGUAUCGCCGCUGAGGUUGGCAACAGCAAUAUUUGGAUGCCCGCUAGUGCUGCAACAGUUGCAUUGGAACCCCUAAAGCUAGUUUGGGCCAAAUGUAGUGGAUACCCUUCCUACCCUGCCUUGAUCAUCGACCCUCACAUGCCGCGUGUGGGCUGCCAGCACAACGGGGUGUCCAUCCCCAUGCCCCCCAUGGACGUGCUCCGCAUUGGAGAACAGAUGCAGUACAAAGCCGAAGAGAAACUCUACCUCGUCCUCUUCUUCGACAACAAGCGCAGCUGGCAGUGGCUUCCUAGAUCCAAGAUGGUUCCUCUGGGAAUGGACAAGACCAUAGACAAGAUCAAAAUGAUGGAAGGACGCACGUCCAGCAUUCGCAAGGCUGUCCAGAUCGCCUUCAGCCGCGCCAUGAACCACCUGAGCAUCGUACAAGACGAGCCAGUCAGCGACCUCAGUGACGUGGACUGAUGGAAACCAUUGACUCUCUCUGCCCACACACGCGCGCACAUGCGCACACACACACAGAAACUUGUACCUCUCCUGUACCAAAUACGUUCCUUCCUCCAGCCCCUCCCCACCCCCAUCUGUAUCUCUGUCUCUGCCGGAGACUCAAAUGUUUACUGGGCACCUGCUGUAACAGGUGGUGCCUCUUCCUCAUCCAUUCCUACUCGCACACUCCUACCAUGUGCCGAUGAGAUACGGCUGCUGCUGAAAUGAAUGUGUCUAUCUUCUCCUCUCCACCUCCACCUCCAAGCCUGGAGACUGCUCUUUUCUUGUUUAUUUUUAAAUCCAUUGCCUCACUCCAUUCAUCCAUCAAUCAUUUCAAGGCAAAAAACCCCCCCCAAAACAUUGGGGCAUUUUGGUAGCCUUACCAACUGCAUCUGUAGUGUCAGAACUUAACUCUGACCGUCACAUUUUUAGCUGUGGAUGAUAUUCAACUCGUUUUGUUAUUUUGGCAGGUAGCCAAUCAUCAUUUCUGUUAAAAGUUAUUAAAAAUUAAGCAUUUAGUAGCUAGCAAAUUAGCUAAAGUGGAGAAAAAUGUAUGUCUCCUUUUUUUUCUUGCAUCGAAUCAGUUGUAGCCAAAGCCUAGAUUCAUUUCAAGGUCACAUUUACAUACCUGUCAUCUCCAUUUGCAAUCACCUUCCUUUGUAUUUAAGCUGUAAAUAAUCUGUACAGUUGCCGGACACUAACUUAUUUUGUAGUUUUGACAUAAAUGGGUACUGUACAGGAGUUUUCUUAGUAUUUAUACUUGAUGCAUUCUAUUUUGACAGUGCUGUGUGAUUGAGAAGACUAAAAAAAAAAAAAGAAGCCUUAGUGUUAAGGAGAUUAGGGCUAAAAUGUCAUGUUU